UAAGAUACUAUCGGAACUGCACACGAGAGCAAUUACUUCGCGAAUUGUGAAUUAGGCAGGCACCGCGUAGCGACUCCCACGUGUCUCGUGUCUCUAGUUGCGGCGCGUCGCGGGGGGCCACGGUUUCCUCGACCCUGAGGAGCGUCGCGACGCCUCGUGCACGUCUCAGUGCAAGAGUGCCGUUCACCAGGAGUGCGCCUUCGGAGUCUCCACUCGUUCUGCCCCGUUCCUUACACCCUAUCUCUUCUCCGCGCUCUUCAAAGAGAGAAACGCGAUAGCACGCGCUUUCAACACCGCGAGUGCGUUUUCAGAACUGUACCCACCCUCGACUCCAACUAGCAUCGCAAAGGCAAUCGCGCUAUCGAGCUGGCACCGCAUGUCUAGAUCAAGCGCAAGCCCGGACAAGCAGAGAUAAUAACCUUCGUGGAGGGACCUUGACGUAUCACCGUCACGACACACAUCGCGUUACACAGUGAAUAUUUCAAUACAGUAUCGAUCUACCGCGUGUAAAAUACGUGUGUGUCGUGAGUGUCUGUGCUCUGCUCUCAAAUCCCGUGUUGUCGUCGUGUUUUCUCUGUAGAAAAAGCCUUCCUUUCAUCUCGCGCUAUGUAUAUUGGUAUACCAUUAUACGCGCUGUCAUCCUGUCACCCUGUGAAUCCGCCUGUCACGAUAGAGUGCGUGCGUCCGUGUCACGCGUGUGAAUAUUCCAACGUAUUAUCGAUCUACGCGGAACACGUGUUCCCUUUUAAUCAACUGUGAGUUUUAUGUCGAUGUUGUCUCGCUCGUAAUGGCAUUCCGACAGCGAUGAUAGACGACCAUCUCGCCCUUGUACAUAUUAUCGCGAAGACAGCUGCUCGCUUGCUUCCUUCGUGUAAAACUUGGAAAUUUGCAUGGGGUUUGACCGACUGCUUCCUUCAGUAGUCGCAGCCGUUAAUGAUUGGUCAAGAUAGUGUGACUAUCGAAAUUUUCCACACUUUAUGACAGUAAUGAUACAGCGCUUUAGUGUAAAUCCAGGGAUAAAUCUUGAUCUCGGCACUUGUUUUACUACCAAGAAAAGUUGAAUUUUCUCCACGAUCAACUACGUGAGUGCUUUAGAACUACACGGCAGCAGGAAGUCGGUAAAAGUUAAGUGCACCGACCAUUCGCUGCCGGGGUUCACUGUCAGUGCCAUCGCACGAGCAGUUUAAAUCCCAAUCCCAAUGUCGUCCGACGUUGCACCACGUCGGUUUCUUCUGUGUUUGAGCGCGACAUCAUAUGCCCAAGUUGGCGUUUGUAACGUGUCAAGAUUGUUGUACUCGUAGUAUAUUUCGCCAUGAGUUAACGAAUCAGUGUGUCCAAAAUCGUAUAAAAAAAAAAAGGAAAAGAAAAAGAAAAAACUCUUAUCGGAGAAAUCACAAAGUCUAAUAUGAAAUCGUUUAACGAGACUUAGGAAAGGAUUUAAAAAAAAACGCUAAAACACCCUCGUAUCCUCUUGUGAUUGUCGCGCACCGCCACCACCACCACUGCCUCUCUUCCACGCGUAUUCUCGAGCACUCGUCGAAUCGACCGAGCGUAUCGAAUGGUCGAGUAGAAGUUAAAAAAAAAGCCGAGAAAAAAUAACACACAUACACACCACGAGAAAUACGCCGACAGCGACCUGAGAUCGUGUACCGAAGUCAGUCAUGAAUCUUAUGUUCCGCAAGAACUUCGGCGAGAAGGGACUCGGUGGUGGCGGACUAGGUGGAGGAGGACUUGGGGAAGUUCGGCCUGUCCUGAGCACCACUACUUACGGGACCAGCGGGGCCUCAUUCGGCCAGAUAGGAUCGCGUUUUGGCGCUACGCGCGGUGGUAUCGGCCAGUCAGUGGUCAGUAGCGUACGUGGACCUGUACGACGCAGCCGGGAAUUCGGAAACUUUCCGUCAAUGGGCGAUCACGAGCACCAGGCACAUGGCUAUCGUACUCACUUAUUCCUAUCGCCGCCUGCAGGUGGGGCACUCGGUUCACCGCCUGAAGAACCGGGCGAGCGACUGGGUCCGCCGCCACGUCGUAAUUCGGGCCCCCAUGUGAUUAAAUGGGGUGGCGGUGGGUCUGUCAAUUCCACACAGGGCGGUCAGAUCGGCAAUCAAGCCAGAAGAAAGCAAAAUCAGAUCGGUCAACAGAAAGAAUCUUCCGACCCACCAAGUCCGACUGCGUCUAGGCAGGUAUCCUUUAGCGGAAACCGUACUUCCGGUACCUACACACCUCUCGUGGUUUCUGGAAACAGCCCGCCACGAGGCGAACCAAUCUCUUUGGCCACUUUGGACCGUGACUGCUUUAUUAUACCUCUCGCUUCUCUCGAACGUUUUUUACCAGCCGGUGUACCACAUGCCCCUGUCGCUGAUAAGAAGAGACCGGGGAGUCCUCUGUCGGUUCUUGAGGUUGAGGACCCGAAGCAAUGUGUUCUCGCGCAUUUCAUGACGCCACUGGAACCUCUGGACCCGCUAAUGGAAUCUCCAGUGUCUCGUCCAUUAGUCCUACAACGCGACACCGCCGCGGAACUAGUCGCCGAGAUAGCACCCUCUGCCUCGCAAAGUAUUUUACUUACAAACAUGGAGAAAAACACGGAUUUCCCGUUCAUCACGUAUUAUCUAAUAAACAAGCAGAGCACAGACCCCAUAGAUUUUUACAACGAAGUGCAAUGCGCGGCUCUACGUAAGUUCGAUCCUCGAGAUCUCAGAUACGCUGCCAGUCACACGUUAGAUCUGUUCAACGAGGUAGCGACCAUCGCGAGACCACCGCUCGAACCACCCGGUGGAAGACCGCCUAUUCCAUCCACCGGCUACAUAGUGUCGAUUUUUAAAGUUUUCGAGGGUGAUGACGGUCUCAAAUUCGAACAAAACUGGCUCUAUUGGACAGGCGCGCGGAUGAUGUAUCGAUACUUGCCAAAAUCUGUGGGUCUCAGACGUAUUACUUUGCACAAAUCGAUGUCACAAGGCGACAAGAUGUAUCUGUUAAUCUGCGAGUGUUCGCAGCUGCAAGACAAUCUAUCUGCUGCGGCAAUACUUCUACCGGCACUUCGUGCACGUCUGUGCGGAUACACCGGACUUUACAGACCCUCCGAAUAUAAUUAAUACUAUAACGGGAGAAAAGACGCGAUACCGAUUUGCAGGAACUGAGGAUAUGUCGUCGCAAAUGUCGUUAACGAACGAGACACUGUGAUUUCUACUAUUAUCGUACUACUUAUUAUAAGGAGCGCAACUUCGUAUACGCUUUAGACGAGUCUCGUUGAUAAU